CCAAGGGCUCUCAGAAGACAGUCAACGGAAACACGGACCACAUCACAGAGAGACAGAAGCAGAACUUGCUGCUUCGAACAAGCUCAUUUCUGGGACAAAGCGACAGAGCCUCUCCGCUGAUGUUCACAAGAACGCACGCCAUGGAGGAGGACGACUACGUCGACCCCGCGUUCUUCAACACUUCCAGUAAUGGCAGCCAGGAGCACGAACGCUUCCUGAAGUUCCACAAGUUCUUUCUGCCCUCCAUGUACCUGGUGGUGUUCGUCUGUGGCCUGCUGGGGAACUCUCUGGUGCUGGUCGUCCACAUCUUCUACCAGAAGCUGAGGAGCCUGACGGACGUGUUCCUGAUGAACCUGCCCUUGGCCGACCUGGUGUUUGUCUGCACGCUGCCCUUCUGGGCCUACGCGAGCAUCCACGAGUGGGUCUUCGGCAACGUCUUGUGCAAAACCCUGCUGGGCAUCUACACUUUGAACUUCUACACGUCCAUGCUCAUUCUCACCUGCAUCACCGCGGACCGCUUCGUUGCCGUGGUUCGGGCCACCAAGGCCUACAACCAGCAGGCCAGGCGGAUGGCCUGGGGCAAGGCCAUGUGCUUGGUCAUCUGGGUCAUCUCCUUGCUGGUUUCCCUGCCGCAGAUCAUCUACGGCAACGUCCGCUCUCUCGACAAGCUCAUCUGUGGUUAUCACGACGAGGAGAUUACCACUGUCGUGCUCGCCACGCAGAUGACACUGGGGUUCUUCCUGCCGCUGCUCGCCAUGGCUGUGUGCUACUCGGUCAUCAUCAAGACCCUGCUUCGUGCCCGAGGCUUCCGGAAGCACAAGUCUCUGAAGAUCAUCUUCCUGGUGGUGGCUGUGUUCCUGCUGACCCAGACGCCCUUCAACCUCGUGAAGCUCCUCCGUAGCACGAGCUGGGAGUACCACACCAUGACCAGCUUCCACUACGCCACCGUCGUCACAGAGGCCAUCGCCUACCUGCGGGCCUGCCUUAAUCCUGUGCUCUAUGCCUUCGUUGGCCUGAAGUUUCGGAGGAACGUCUGGAAACUCAUGAAGGACAUUGGCUGCCUCCCUUACCUGGGGGUCGUGAGUCAAUGGAAGUCUUCCGAGGAUGCUUCCAAGACUUGUUCCGCCUCUCACAACGUGGAGGCCACCAGCAUGUUCCAGCUGUAGGGCUCUCCCGGGCUUGGAGUGCUGCUUGGGAGCUUCCGGGAGCACGGCUGUGUGCUCUGGAUGCGACGAGGAAGGCUUUGUUUAUGGCUUGCGCAUUCUCGUGGAGAAGUCACCCAACCCUGCGGCCGGUAUGGGACGCUGCUUCUCGGGCACGAACACCUUCUGUCCUCCUCUUGAACACCCAGGCCUAAAGCUCAGUGUGUGUGGGCCAGAAGCUCUGAAAACCGGAAGGGCUUUCCUUCCUCUAUCCCCAAGAACGCUGGCUCCAAGGGAAUGACAAUGGGACCCUGAAGACGUUAGGCUCUCCUUCGUGGGGAUGGGGACUGAACACUGAAGAGGGGAGCAUGGCCACACAGCUGCUGAGGGCACGUGAUACUCCAGGCUCCCCAGCUCAGAAGACGCCUCUGGCCGCUGGGAAGCCAGGAGAUCAGAGCAGCCAUGAAAACAAGUGCUGGGCCCCCGUGGCUGGGCCCUCGAUCACCAGGUACCCGACCGAGAGAACAAGUUCUGCUUCACCUUGGGGCUGGGCCUUUAUGGAGACAGACACUUACGUUCUCUUCGAUUAAUCCUGGAAGGAGGACCACCACGGAACAUGAAUGGGCCCAGUCAGCUGAGGAUUCCAGGGGUCCACAGAGUGUUAGGACAACGUGCAAAGCAGAGUUUAAGGCGAUCGUGAAUCCAAGCGGCAUUUCUGAAAUGGAGUCUUUAGUGGGUCUGCUCAUUUAAAAACUAAACUGUCCAACGCCUGAUAUACGCACGCACAUAUAAAUCAUGUAUUAGUGUAUAGAGAAUACAAACACGCCUGUAUCAAAUAGCAUAUGA